CAGACCCAGUGCAAUUCUUCCUGGAUCAUUUAUCAACAUCCAAACCAACACAGUCCGCAUUGAUUAUUUUUCUGGACCUCAGCGGAUCCACCAAAAUUCAUGAUCAACAUGGUUGCUGGUUGUGGACAGCUUGUUGGUUUAUUUUUGGGAGUCAUCGGCUUUCUUGGGUCGAUCAUCACCUGUGGACUCCCACAAUGGCGAGUCACCGCUUUCAUUGGUGCCAACAUCGUCACUUCUCAGGUCAUCUGGGAGGGUCUGUGGAUGAGCUGUGUGACCCAGAGUACAGGCCAGAUGCAGUGCAAGGUCUAUGAUUCUAUGCUAGAAUUAGCUCAAGAGCUGCAGGCUGCCAGAGCACUCACUGUCAUCGCCAUCAUCGCUGGAGUUUUUGGGAUUCUGCUUGCGGUGGUUGGAGGCAAGUGCACAAAUUUUGUCGAAGACGAAGUGCAAAAGAGCAGAGUGGCAGUAGCUGCUGGAAUUGUCUUCAUCAUUGCCGGCCUCUUGGUGCUUAUUCCAGUCUGCUGGACCGCUAACACCGUCAUUCGUGAUUUCUACAACCCUACCCUGAUUGCUGCACAGAAGAGAGAGCUGGGAGCAUCUCUGUACAUCGGCUGGGGAACUGCAGGGGUUCUGAUCCUGGGAGGGGGCCUGCUCUGUAGCUCUUGUCCCCCCAACAAUGCCACUGAUUAUGACGUUAGGUACUCCAAGGCUCGCUCUGUUGAUAGUCAUAAGGAAUAUGUUUAGAUAGCGAGCAUUCUGCUGGAUAUCUUAAAGAGUCCACCUUUUAGAAUUACAAUGUCUGUGAUUAAAAUAAGUCGAAAUGUUUAGAGUGAGACUGUGUAACUUAAGCUUUUUUUCUUCAAAAUAUACACACAUGCAGUAUUUUCAGCCUGUUUUUGAAUAUAUCUGUUGUUUUUAUGUUUUCUACCAGAGAUUUUUUUACAUUUUUAUUUUCUGUUCUUUUUUAUAUCAAUAUGGGAUACUUUCUUUCAGGGUUAUGUCUGAAAUCUGAUGCUUGUUUAAUUAAAACCAUUGUAAAUCCGUAUUAACACCCUUGUAACUCUAGACCUCAUUUUUUUGACUGCUUUCUCUGUUAAACUAGUG